GUUGCGUACUAUGCAUGGCCACGUUUCGUUUCCCUGGAGGCGAUGGAAAUCGUUUGGGAGACCGUCGAGUUCGUCGGCAACACGGUCAUUUUCUUCCUCGCCGGCCUCCUUUUUGCCGAUACCGUGCUGGAUUCGCUGGGCAUUAUCCACCUCAGCGACUUCGGCUACCUUGUGCUGGUCUACCUUGCGCUCCUAGUCAUACGAUCCCUCAUGCUGGCGAUUCUGUGGAUUCCGCUCAACAAGGUCGGCUCACCGGUGGAUCCACGUGAGGCCAUCGCAAUGAUCUGGAGUGGACUUCGAGGUGCAGUGAGUUUGACCCUGGCGAUCAUCAUCGACGAGGAGCCACUGGUCUCGAGGGAGAUGGGUGCCCGCAUCAUGUUCCACGUGGGUGGUAUCGCUGCGCUGACGCUUCUGAUCAAUGCGACGACUGCGGCACCGUUGCUGCGGGCACUAGGACUUGCGAGGAGCUCUCGUGCAGACGAGAAGAAACUGGCUGUGCUCUCGAAACAUCUGGCCGAGCACACUGCUCACGCGGUGGCGGCC